UGGCUAAUGUAGGUUUACGUCAGACAUAUUUCUAUAUUUCCGAAUACAUAAAAAAUGGACUUUGGAAAAUAGUCGUUGUUGUCACUAGAAAGAAAUUCGCAUAUUUGCUGAUAUGAGCUGACGUCGCAUGAUAUUUUGUACUUUGAGACAGAAAUUCUAGUGGAUGAAUAUUAACACUUUCAAAUUCGGAUAUUUGAAGUUAUAUAAAGAAUGGCAAGCAGACCAUCAAGAAGAAAAUCCAUACACACCACCAAACUAAAUUUCAGACCUUCCACUAGCGACGUGAACGUGGAAUUCAAAGGCACCAAACCGACUAGUGAGCCGACUUCCAUAAAGGAAAUAUUCACUCUAAUGGUACUUUACAUCUGUAAGAAAUCAUUGUUUUUCGAUACAAACCUCAAAGUCAUCAUCUACUUGGGAGCUUUAUUUUUAAUUUCACUGAUAGCUGAUGUUUCUUCUAUUCCGAGGAUAUACUUGUCAAGAUCAGACAACAUAUUCAAUAAGUAUUUUGUAAAGUUUGCUUGGGGAUGGAAUCUUAUUCUGCUCUUCCCUUUUGUUACUUUGACCUCAUACAUUUACUGCUGUGCUCAAAUAAAACGCAUUGUUGGCCACCAUUUAACCAGGUUAGCCAUUGCUACCUUUUUUUGGUGGUUUUGGACCAAUAUAUUUAAUUAUAUUGAAGCCUCUUUUGGUAAAUGUGGAAUUAAACAAUAUGGAACGAAAGAGUCUUGUUUGCGAGCUGGACAUGUUUGGAAUGGAUUUGAUACUUCCGGCCAUUCAUUUAUACUUAUAUAUGGAAGCUUGGUUUUGAUUGAGGAGACAAGGUCCAUAUUGAACUGGGACAGCAUUAAAGACAACAUUAGAUUAGAAGAGCAUAAUCGAAGUAAUAAACAAACUAACCAAAACUCUAAUCCUUUGCGGAAUCUCAGUGAAAAUGAAUUUAAAAAUUUGAAUACCAACUAUGAGAAGUGCACAAUUUAUAUAAGGAGUUUGUUUAUAAUUAUUACUAUUUUCCAAAUACUUUGGGAUGUAAUGCUCGUCUCUACCAUGCUAUAUUAUCAUGUCAUGAUAGAAAAGUUUCUAGGUGGCUGCAUAGCCAUUUUGACUUGGUUUUUCACUUAUCGACUCUGGUUCAAUCACCCUAGUCUUUUGCCUAGACUCCCUGGAGAAGGUGUGUUCAAGUACAUUAAGAAACCUGUUAAAGAAACGGUGAUUCCAAAACGCCGAACUGGCAGCAUAGUCAAUGGAACUAGUCCUAUGUUUAUGGGUCGACCAAUAUAUUCUCAAGGGACAAACAAUGAAGAUAUGGAGUCUUCUACAAGAUAGCAAUGAGUGUUGUUAUUGUUGUUAAUUUUAUAUUUAUUUAUAUUAUAUUUAUAAUUGGUGGAAGAGGAGCAGACAUGGUUUUGAAUAAAACAGGGUUGUGGCAGCAGUUGUGGAUUAAAAGUAGUGUACUGUAUAAUUUUAUAAAAAUGACCUGUAUGGCAGUAGUUUCUAAAUAUCAUUUAUUUUUACUAGCAAGAAACAGAAAAAACAGUUGCAAAAAGACUUUUUGGAACCAAUAUUUGGAGAAAAUUAUCACUGCUUAUUGAUUCCCUGGACAAUUGUCAAAUUUUCAUUUUCAUGAACAUUCUGCCAUUCAAAAACUUAUAGUAAUAAGUAGAUGCCAUGUCUAACAAAUAGAAGCUGUGUAUUGUAAAGUUCAAGCUGUCUGUACUAAUUUUAUAAGAAAUUUCAU